AUAGGCAAUAGCAGAGUGACGUCACGCCGUCAGGUUCGGCUGUCGACACGACUGUUUUGCUGCGAGCUGCGUGUGUUCUUCGUUACUGAGGAUCUCGCACUUGUCAGUCGAAUGGAUGAACAUGGAGUUGCUUUCAUCCUUUAUCAGUGCCGUAGAAUUUUAUAAAUACCGUAGAAAAUCUAUUAGAACAGCUUUGUGUCUAGUCUCUAUCGUAUUACUGAUUACCAUCCAAACCUCCAAUGCUGAAGAAGUCUACCAAUGUGACAAUCACACACAGACCUGCGUUAGCGAAUCGGAAUUAGGAGAACAAAGUGACCAGCAACUCUUUAACAUACCCUCACCUCUACCCACUUGGGCAGAAAUCCCACAAUGCAGGGGGAAAAUUAUGUUAAAUCGUCCUUUUGGCUUCCUUUCCGAUGGGCCUGGCAAUUAUUCAUUGGAUACAAAAUGUGCAUGGAUUGUUCAAAGUUCUGCACCAAAUGCAACCAUUUCGUUACAACUCAUCGAGUUUGCAACUGAAUGUAGCUGGGAUCAUCUGUAUGUAUAUGAUGGAGAUUCUGUUUUUGCUCCUUUACUUGCAGUUUACAGUGGCCUAACCAUGUAUGGUAGUUACAAGGUGGAAGAAUUAAAUCAAAUAACUUCUACUUCAAACACUAUCUUGCUAUACUUUUACAGUGAUUUGGCAUAUAAUAUGUCAGGAUUUAAUAUUUCUUACAGCAUAAAUUCAUGUCCAUUUAACGAGGAAGGGAAACGAUGUUCUGGCCAUGGUGUAUGCAUUGGAAGUACUUGCACAUGUGAUGCUGAUUUCCAUGGACAUAGUUGUCAAUAUGCAGUCUGUCCUAAUAACUGCAGCAAACAUGGCUCUUGUAAUAUGGAAACCCACAGCUGCAUCUGUGAUGAAGGAUGGUCAGGCCUUGACUGUAACCAGACUCGUGACAGGGGCUUUUGGACUAGUGUAUGGGAAUUCAACGCCACUCGCGACGAACGUCUGGCACGUACUCAAAGCAGUGGAUCUGUCUGGAAGGGCGUUUUAUGGGUUGUGGGUGGUCAUGGACUGGAUCUAAAGUUACCCUUAACUAUGGCGUUUAAUAUAUCAGGUAAUGAGUGGACCCGUGUAGAAACUAAUGGACUAUUCAUUCCAACAUUGCGUCACGGCCAUACUACUUUGAUUCAUGAGGGCAUUUUAUAUAUGUAUGGAGGCGCUACGCAUGAUGGUUCCGUUUCGUCCCAAUUAUGGAGCCUUGACCUGUCUACUAAGGAGUGGGUACUAGUGGCACCUAGUAAAACCAAAGAGUGCCAGCAUCGAUUGUGUGGCCCGGUAGCAACUACUGGCCAUUCUGCAGUGUUGGUCAAGGACAAAAUGUAUGUCAUUUUUGGCUACAAUCCUGUCUUCGGUUAUCUCAACAUUAUGCAAGAGUACAGCAUAGAUAGUCGGCAGUGGACCGUUGUGUCUACUGUGGGAGCUCUGGUACAGGGUUGCUAUGGUCACAGUUCUGUAUGGGACCCUCUCACAAAGCGCAUAUACGUUUAUGGUGGUUAUCAAUCGGAAAGUAGCUCUGCGUAUGGGUUGACCGAUGCUUUACACUCUUACGACCCGGCACAUCGGGUUUGGCGCGUGCAUCCGUCUAGUGGGUCCUAUCGUUACCUACACACGGCCAUUAUGAGCGGUGGUCUAAUGCUUGUUUAUGGAGGAAACACGCAUAAUGAAACAGCCAUCAGCAAUGGUGCUAAGUGUUAUUCGUCAGACUUCAUCGCCUAUGAUACGGUGUGCGAUACUUGGUUCAAACUUAAUCAGCCUGCAGCCACUAGCGUCGGUGGCGAUCUUUCUCGUUACGGUCAUUUAGCAGCGUCAUUUGGCCCUUCAUCAGACCUGAAUGAUAGCGAUGAGUAUCAUCAGCCAUUGCUUCCUUACGGGAUGCUAAUAUUUGGCGGGUUUGAUGGAAGGUUGAAGAGCGAUGUUCUAGUUUACAUCGUAGGCGUUUGCACAUCUCUGGCAACGAAGGAACAAUGUCUUACUGCCAUGCCCGGUGUAAAAUGCGUCUGGAACAAAGCGGCAAAAAAGUGUGAACCUUUAGCCAGCAUUUCCAAAGAGGGGUAUGAAAAAUGUCCGGGUUUAGCAUUUCCGGAGACAUCGAAUUCUCUAUCCGAUUGGCCCUAUUCUGCAUCUCCGAUAGGAUAUUCGAUCAAUGCAACUCUUCAAUGUGGAUCCAUUUCCAGUUGUCCGACCUGCUUGCACACGACAUUUAACUGCGUCUGGUGUGGUCAUAAUUGCCAGUAUGCAAAGUGUACAGAAGGGCUGACUCAUACCAAAGCUAUCACAUCACUCGAACACUGCCAAGUGGCUGUCGCCAAUACUUGUAGACUGCUACAUAGCUGUUCGGCGUGCCAUACAGAACCGCAUUGCCAUUGGGAACCUGACGCUCGUUGCUACUCUUAUGUGCGCAAGAUGGGAAACCGCACCGAGAAAGUUGAUGUCAAGGAAGAUCAGGUGUGUGACGCAGCCUGCAGCUUACGCACGAAUUGCAAAAACUGCACACAGGGUCCGUGUUUGUGGUGUUCAAAUCAAAACCGUUGUGUCGACAAAAACGCAUACAUCCCGUCCUUUCCCUACGGCCUGUGCACCGAGUGGACGACUCACGAGAACAAAUGCCGAGAUUUGGACUUCCCUCAACUUGAAGAGGGGAGCCCUUCAGGACAACGAAACGUUCCAUUAGGAGCAAGUGUUUAUACGAAAAUGACCACGUGCAAAUCCCAUCGCAGUUGUUCCGAUUGCCAGGAAGAUCCAGCUUGCGGUUGGUGUGACGAUGGCUCAAAUCGGGGUACAGGAACUUGCAUGCCCGGCGGUUUCACCGGUCCGGUAAUGAAUGUACUGAACUUGAGUACGGAACUUGUUUGUCCCGCCCAGCAAUGGUUCUUUACAAGUUGCCCACCCUGUCAGUGCAAUGGCCACAGUACAUGCAUCGAAGGCACUCAAAAGUGCAAUCAGCCUUGCCUGCACCUUACGGAAGGUCCGCAUUGUGAAUCCUGUACGCCGGGAUAUUUUGGGAACCCAGUAAACGGAGGAACCUGUUCUCCUUGUCAAUGUAGCGGACAUGGGACACAAUGCCAUCCGCUGACUGGUCGUUGCUUUUGUACCACAAAAGGAGUGGUUGGGGAUCAUUGUGAACGAUGUGACCUAGCCAAUCAUUACUCGCCCGGACUUCUGACAAUGACUUCCCAUACUAGCAGUAACUCGGGUGUACCGGCGAACUGGACUGUGUUACCUACCUGUUACUAUGACCUGCAAUUGGACUUCCAAUUUACUUUUAAUCUAUCCAAAAAAGAAGACCGACACAUAAAGCAGAUCAAUUUCCGCAACAUACCUCUCAAACCUGAUCUUGAUCUAGAAUUCAGUGUCCAGUGUUCCUCAUUGGCCAAGCUCAAUAUCAGUGUCAGAUCAGCCAAGGUAGUGGAUGAAGACAUAGACGAAGAAAAGUUCAUUUUGGUUAAUUACAAUUGCACUACUUUCAAAUCGCGGUUCCAACGUAAUGAAUAUCACUUCGGGAGUGAAGAGAAUACUACGUUUUACGUAUACGUUUACGAUUUUCGCUCACCAAUUCAGAUAACGGUCUCCUUCAGCCAACAUCCAAAAUUGGAGUUGCAGCAGUUUUUUAUAACCUUUUCUGCUUGCUUUAUAUCUCUGCUAAUGAUGGCCGCUAUUUUAUGGAAAAUCAAGCAGAAAUAUGAUAUGUAUCGCAGACGGCAGAGAUUAUUUGUAGAGAUGGAACAAAUGGCUUCUCGUCCAUUUUCUCACGUACUUGUCGAACUUCAAGUGCCGCCCAAUUUUCCUCGCCGUGUUCCCGUCGCUAAUAACAGAUGUACACCAGCCGAAAGUCGAAAUCAAGGAGUCACAGUAAUGGGUACCCAAAGUGGUUCCAUUAAUCAGCGUAUUAUUGAAACAAGUUUGUGUAACAAUGUAACCCCAGCCCCUUCAUCUUCUUCUACCCAUACAGCAGCGAUUUCCUCAAAUGCCGUCCGUCGAAGGCGCAGGUUCCGUCCAAGUCCUAUUGCUUUAGAACCUUGUGCAGACCAGAAAGCUGCCGUGUUGUCUCUCCUGAUACGGCUUCCAAAUGGGUCGCUUCCCUACACUCCUCCAGGACAGUCGGGGUUAGCUAUUGCCUCGACACUUGUCUCGUUAGGUUCGUACUCCAGUCGAAAGAACAACGUCAGUGAAUCCCGUGAAAUGCCUAGGAGUUUACCCAAAGCCAAAACUCCGCCUACGCUUCAGAACGCGUGAAAUCAUGAUUUCAAACUUCUUACUCUCUAUUCUUUGCAAGGAAACAAAUUUUAUUUCAGUCUUACAGGCUUAUUUUAGUCUCU